ACAGUUGCCAACACAUUCCAAAAAUAUAUCGCGAUGCUCAUCUCGGACACCCAACUUAGUUUUCUAUAGUUAGUUUUUAGUUGUGAGUUAAGAAUCACCAUAAAUUAUAGUUCAGUUCAACUGUUAUAUAUUUAAUUGAUUUUUUUUCCUGGAUAAUUUAGUCCUAGCACAAAAUGAGUGUUCUUGGAUUCACGGACAUAAUCCAAGGAGCCCUAACCCAAUAUGCUCAAGUAUCACAGCAAAUAGGGGGCGAUGUAGCCCAACACAGCCAACAAGUGCUUCAAGCCUUCAAGGCACAGCUUCAGUUCUUAGAGUUAGCCAGCCAGAGCAGCAAACCAGCUAACCCAAAUGAUUUAAUGAUUUUCUUGAAGCCUACUAGUGAUAUUAUUGCUGCUAUACAAGACUUUAGGGAGAAGCACAGGACCUCAACGUUUUUCAAUCAUUUGUCUGCGAUUAGUGAGAGUAUUCCUGCGUUAGGGUGGGUAGCAGUGAGUCCAGCUCCUGCACCAUACGUAAAAGAAAUGAAUGAUGCCGGUCAAUUUUACACAAACAGGGUCCUCAAGGAUUGGAAGGAAAAAGACAAGCGUCACGUAGACUGGGUCAAAGCCUGGGUACAAACCCUCACUGAGCUCCAGGCUUUUGUGAAACAACAUCACACUACUGGAUUGGUGUGGUCAGGAAAAACAGCUCCUUCAGCAGGAGUUCCUCCUCCACCACCCUCAUGUCCAUUACCUCCUCCGCCAAUGGAUAAUUUUGGACCACCUGGACCUGAUUCUGCGGAUGUCAGAUCUGCUCUAUUUGCAGAAAUAAAUCAGGGUGCCAAUAUUACAAGCAAUCUUAAAAAAGUGACAUCAGAUAUGCAAACACACAAAAAUCCAGGAUUAAAACAGGGAGGGGCUGCUCCUUAUCGAGGUCCUGGAUCAAACGCUGGAUCUGGAGGACAGCCGGAUAAGCCACCUGUAUUUGCUCAAGAUGGCAAAAAAUGGCGUAUUGAGUACCAAACUAGAAAUCAUAAUUUGGUUGUUGAGAAUGCUGAAAUGAACAAUGUAGUAUACCUAUACAAAUGUACUGAGUGUACAAUUACCAUUCGAGGAAAAAUAAACUCAGUUGUGAUAGAUGCUUGCAAAAAAACAGCUAUCAUCAUGGAUUCGGUAGUAGCAGCUGUAGAAUUCAUUAACUGUCAAUCAGUUCAAAUGCAGAUAUUUGGCAAAGUACCGACAAUUUCCAUUGAUAAGACAGAUGGUUGCCAGGUUUAUUUAAGCCAGGACUCCUUGGAUGUUGAGGUUGUAACUUCAAAAUCGUCAGAAAUGAAUAUUUUAAUUCCCACUUCUGGAGGCGAUUACAUUGAGCAACCCAUUCCAGAACAGUUCAAGACCACAAUUACGCCGAACAAAACGCUUAAAACAAUUGUUGUUGAAAACAAAGGAUAAACACAAUAAAGUUAAACUUAUAUAAGAUGAUUUGAAUUUUACUAAUAUUAUGAAUUUUAUGAACUAAAAACCGCUAUAUUUUUUAAAUAAAGAUUAUAAAAAUUA